CUUAAAAAUACAUAAUAAUGACUUUCUUGUACUCAUUCUUGCUGCACCACUGUUAGUUUCGCGACGUUUUAAUUUGCCAAAAAGUUUUUUUUUUAAUUUUUGUGUUAUAUAAUGUUUAGUGUGUAUUUGUUGUGUAUAAUGUUUGUGUGUGAGGCUGCUUGCAUGUACAGUUCGAAAGCUCUGGAAGGUUAUCCUGCCGGCUAUUUGGCUGAUUGUCCCGGUACAGAAACACCACCAUACAUAUCACCAACAGAGUUGAAACAGCUCUCCAUAUCGGUCCAAGGAAAAGCCUCAAUACUUUGGCCAAAAACAAAGUACAAUUACUAUCAAAUGAAGGAAUUAUCCAAAGACCCCUGGAUAGAUUGGAGAAAACCCACCAUGAUGUAUGUAGGGGGCUUCAUGGACCAUCCACAGUAUCCCUUCGCCCUGUCCAUCGGGGUUCUGUACAAGAAAUUGGGUUACAAUGUGUUUUUACUGGAUACAAAUCCUUUUACUACUGUGGCUUAUCCUGUAGCGGCGAACAACAUGCGCACGAUAGGAAAACACGCGGCAGAAAUGCUGAUCACCCUCACAAAAUAUGGUUUAGAUCCAAAAAAACUAGAACUUGUAGGUCUCAGCCUUGGAGGGCAAACAAUGAGUUUCAUAGCCAAACACUAUAAGCAGGAAACAGGAAUAAAAAUAUCAAGAUUAACUGGCUUAGAUCCAUCUGGUCCUUGUUUCCGUAACUUAGGACCAAACGACCGUUUGGACGAAAGCGACGCGGACUUCGUAGAUGUAAUUAAUACGAAUAUUGAUGUUUAUGGAAUGGCCGCUCCUGUCGGCCAUGUCAACUUUUACGUCAAUGGAGGAGAGUUCCAACCUGGAGACUUGUUUUGGGCGCCUUGUGACGUCUUUUGCAGUCACAUUCGGGCUUUUACAAUCUGGAUUGCAGCUUUGUUAAACCCUAACAGUUUUAUUGCUAUGAAAUGUGACUCUGUUCAAGAAGCAAGAAAUAAAGAUUGCUAUGAUAAAAAUCCCCCCGUCACAAAUGUCGUUGGUCUGAACACAAAUAAAAGUGUCCACGGCAUUUUCUAUUUGGCUACGUCUAAUAAUUUUCCGUAUUUCAUGGGUUUGAAAGGGUUGAAAAAGGAAUACGAGUUUUAUGAUUCAAAAUUGAAUUUGAGUAAGAGGACUAGUUUGUCAUAUUUUUAGUUAAGUUAUUUUGUUUUCAAGAUUAAUGUUGAUAAUUUUCAAUUGUGCUAAAAAUCCUUGUGGCGUUUUAUACGUACUGCUAACGCCAUCUGUUAUGUAUCUCUGUAA